GCUUGAAAUGGGCUUCUACCUGAGCGGCAGCCAGACUGACCAAUGACUCUAUGUUUUGGGCUGGCGAAGCCCAAUGAUGUGGCAAGGAAGGCGGGCCCGAGCCGGGUUAGGGUGUCCUUGCAGGGUGUCUGAGCUAAACUUCACCAAAUAAUAGCUGUUUGUAUUUUGGCUGCUGCAGGAGCCAUUUUAGAAAUAAAUAUCUUCCUUCAAUAGAUGAUAAUGAAAAUACAGAAGAAAGAGAAGCAGUUGUCACAUUUAAAAGUUCUGAAUCACUCCCCAAUGUCUGAUGCCUCCGUCACUUUUGACUACAAAUCCCCCUCCCCGUUUGACCACAGCACUGAUCAGGAAGAAAAAAUUGAAGAUGUUGCCAGUCACUGUCUGCCCCAGAAGGACCUGUACCCUGCUGAAGAGGAAGCUGAGACCCUUUUUCCUAGGAAAAUGACAUCUCAUAAUGGGAUGGAGGACAGUGGAGGAGGGGGCACUGGAGUGAAGAAGAAACGGAAGAAAAAGGAUCCAGUAGAGCAAGAGGGGGCAGCAAAGGGAAGAAAGGACAGGGAGCCCAAGCCAAAGAGGAAGCGAGAACCUAGAGAGCCAAAGGAACCCAGAAAGGCCAAGGAGCCCAGGAGGGCCAAGGAGCCCAAGGAUCCUAAGCAGAAGGAUGGAGCAAAGAAAGCACGGAAGCCCCGGGAGGUCUCGGGCACCAAAGAGGCCAAAGAGAAGAGGAGCGGUGCUGACUCUACAGCCAGGACGAAGUCCAGGAAGGCCAGCAAGGAGCAAGGACCAACCCCAGUGGAGAAAAAGAAGAAAGGAAAAAGGAAAAGUGAAACCACAGUGGAGAGUUUAGAGCUGGAUCAGGGCCUGCCGAACCCAUCCCUGCGGAGUCCUGAGGAAUCCACUGAGUCUACAGACAGCCAGAAACGACGCUCUGGACGGCAAGUGAAGCGCAGAAAAUACAACGAGGACCUGGAUUUCAAAGUGGUGGAUGACGAUGGGGAAACAAUCGCUGUUCUUGGAGCUGGCCGAGCAUCUGCCCUCUCAGCUUCUACCCUGGCUUGGCAGGCAGAGGAGCCUCCAGAAGAUGAUGCAAACAUCAUUGAGAAGAUCCUGGCAUCUAAGACUGUCCAGGAGGUUCACCCUGGAGAACCCCCAUUUGACUUGGAGCUGUUCUACGUUAAGUAUAGAAAUUUUUCCUACUUACACUGUAAAUGGGCCACGAUGGAAGAGCUCGAAAAGGAUCCUCGCAUCGCACAGAAGAUCAAGCGAUUUAGGAAUAAACAAGCCCAGAUGAAGCACAUUUUUACUGAGCCUGACGAAGACUUGUUCAACCCAGACUAUGUAGAAGUUGAUCGCAUCUUGGAGGUGGCCCACACCAAGGAUGCAGAAACAGGAGAGGAAGUGACGCAUUAUCUGGUGAAGUGGUGCUCACUGCCCUAUGAAGAAAGUACAUGGGAGCUAGAGGAAGACGUGGAUCCUGCUAAAGUUAAAGAAUUCGAAUCUCUUCAAGUUCUUCCUGAAAUUAAGCAUAUGGAACGGCCUGCUUCAGACUCCUGGCAGAAACUCGAGAAGUCUCGUGAGUAUAAGAACAGUAACCAGCUCCGGGAGUACCAACUGGAGGGAAUGAACUGGCUUCUAUUUAACUGGUAUAACAGGAAAAACUGUAUUUUGGCUGAUGAGAUGGGUCUAGGGAAGACCAUCCAGUCCAUCACAUUCCUUUCAGAAAUAUUCCUCAGGGGAGUCCAUGGCCCUUUCCUCAUCAUCGCCCCCCUCUCCACUAUCACCAACUGGGAACGGGAGUUUCGAACGUGGACAGAGAUGAAUGCCAUUGUGUACCACGGCAGCCAGAUCAGUAGGCAGAUGAUCCAGCAGUAUGAGAUGGUGUACAGAGAUGCACAGGGAAACCCCCUUUCUGGAGUCUUCAAGUUCCAUGUUGUCAUCACAACAUUUGAGAUGAUCCUGGCAGACUGCCCAGAGCUGAAGAAGAUUCACUGGAGCUGUGUGAUCAUCGAUGAAGCUCACAGGUUGAAGAACAGGAACUGCAAACUUCUGGAGGGUCUAAAGCUCAUGGCCCUGGAACACAAAGUGCUGCUCACUGGGACACCCUUGCAGAACUCUGUGGAGGAACUCUUCAGUUUGCUCAACUUCCUGGAGCCAUCACAGUUUCCUUCAGAGACUGCUUUCUUGGAGGAGUUUGGAGAUCUGAAAACAGAGGAACAGGUGAAGAAACUGCAGUCUAUCCUAAAACCAAUGAUGCUUCGGCGGCUGAAAGAUGAUGUGGAAAAGAACCUUGCUCCCAAACAAGAGACGAUCAUUGAAGUAGAGCUGACCAAUAUCCAGAAAAAGUACUACCGGGCCAUCCUAGAAAAGAACUUUUCCUUCCUGACCAAAGGGGCAAAUCAGCACAACAUGCCCAACCUCAUCAACACCAUGAUGGAGCUGAGAAAGUGCUGCAACCAUCCCUACCUGAUCAACGGGGCAGAGGAGAAAAUUCUGGAAGAUUUCCGGAAAACCCACAGCUCUGAUGCCCCUGACUUUCAGCUGCAGGCCAUGAUUCAGGCGGCAGGGAAGCUGGUGCUGAUUGAUAAACUACUCCCUAAGCUGAUUGCAGGUGGCCACAAAGUACUUAUCUUCUCCCAGAUGGUGCGCUGUCUCGAUAUCCUGGAAGAUUAUCUCAUCCAGAGAAGAUACACCUAUGAGCGAAUUGAUGGGCGAGUACGGGGAAACCUGCGCCAGGCAGCCAUCGACCGGUUCUGUAAGCCAGACUCAGACCGCUUUGUCUUUCUUCUGUGCACCAGAGCGGGAGGCCUGGGGAUCAAUCUCACAGCCGCUGAUACCUGCAUCAUAUUUGAUUCAGACUGGAACCCUCAAAAUGACUUGCAGGCUCAGGCCCGAUGUCACCGGAUAGGCCAGAGUAAAGCUGUGAAGGUGUAUCGCCUCAUUACUCGGAACUCCUAUGAGCGAGAAAUGUUUGAUAAGGCCAGCCUGAAGCUGGGUCUGGACAAGGCUGUUCUUCAGGACAUCAACCGAAAGGGCAGCACCAAUGGAGUACAGCAGCUUUCAAAAAUGGAGGUAGAGGACUUGCUCCGGAAAGGUGCUUAUGGAGCCUUAAUGGAUGAGGAAGACGAAGGCUCCAAGUUCUGUGAAGAAGACAUAGACCAGAUUCUGCAGAGGAGAACCCACACCAUCACGAUCCAGUCUGAAGGACAGGGGUCCACUUUUGCCAAGGCUAGCUUUGUGGCUUCAGGAAACAGAACAGAUAUUUCCUUAGACGACCCGAAUUUUUGGCAGAAAUGGGCUAAAAUAGCUGAACUGGACACUGAAGCAAAGAAUGAAAAGGAAAGCUUAGUGCUCGACCGGCCUCGUGUGAGAAAGCAAACCAAACACUACAACUCCUUUGAGGAGGAUGAGCUCAUGGAGUUUUCAGAGUUGGACAGUGACUCUGAUGAAAGGCCCACGAGGUCCAGGCGCCUCAAUGAUAAAACCAGGCGCUACCUCCGAGCCGAAUGCUUCCGGGUAGAGAAGAACCUGCUCAUCUUUGGCUGGGGCCGGUGGAAGGACAUCCUGACUCAUGGGCGAUUCAAAUGGCAUCUGAACGAAAAGGACAUGGAGAUGAUUUGCCGUGCCCUGCUGGUGUACUGUGUCAAGCAUUACAAGGGGGACGAGAAGAUCAAGAGCUUCAUUUGGGAGCUUAUCACACCUACCAAAGAUGGGCAGGCCCAGACCCUCCAGAACCACUCAGGGUUGUCUGCUCCAGUCCCCAGAGGGAGGAAGGGGAAGAAGACAAAGAACCAGCUUCUGCUCCCAGAGUUAAAGAAUGCAGACUGGCUGGCCACCUGCAACCCCGAGGUGGUCUUGCAUGAUGAUGGCUACAAGAAACAUCUCAAACAACACUGCAACAAGGUACUUUUGCGAGUUCGGAUGCUCUACUACCUAAAAGCUGAAAUACUGGGAGAAGCAGCUGAUAAAGCAUUUGAAGGAACUCCUGCCAGGGAGCUGGAAGUGCCUCUGCCUGACAUCGACUACGUGGAGAUUCCAGUGGACUGGUGGGAUGCUGAGGCCGACAAGUCCCUUCUGAUUGGCGUAUUCAAACAUGGGUAUGAGCGGUACAAUGCCAUGCGAGCAGACCCUGCACUUUGUUUCCUGGAGAAGGUUGGGAUGCCAGAUGAGAAGUCCCUUUCUGCAGAACAGGGUGUUACGGAUGGGACCUCAGACAUUCCUGAAAGAAGCAACACGGAUAAAGAUGACAACACUGAAGACAAACUAGAUGGCCUCCGGAAACAAGUGGAGAGUUCCAGUGACGGAGGGGAUGGCAUUUUUGGUGAGGAGAAGAAGGAUGACAGCCGGGCAGCCCAGGAUGGCUCCGACCCAGACAAAUCGCCCUGGCCAGUUUCAUCUGCGCUCACAGCUCGGCUCAGACGACUGGUCACUAUUUACCAGCGUUGCAACCGCAAGGAACUCUGCCGGCCUGAAAUUCUGGGACCAGGUAACCAAGGAUACUGGGUCCAGGAAGAGAUGUUCAGGAGGACUUCUGAAAUGGACCUCAUCAACAAGGAAGCCCAAAAGAGGUGGACAAGGAGGGAGCAAGCUGACUUCUACAGAACAGUGUCUUCCUUUGGUGUUGUUUAUGAUCAAGAAAAGAAAACUUUCGACUGGGCGCAGUUCCGCAUCAUUUCUCGUUUGGACAAGAAAUCGGAUGAGAGCCUGGAACACUAUUUUUAUAGUUUUGUGGCCAUGUGCCGGCACGUCUGCCGUCUGCCCCCGUGGAAAGAUGGCGGUCCCCCAGAUCCCACCAUCUGUGUUGAACCCAUCACUGAGGAACGGGCUGCAAGAACCCUGUACCGCAUUGAACUAUUACGGAAGGUCCGAGAGCAGGUGCUAACGUGUCCCCAGCUGCACGAACGCCUCCAGCUCUGCAGGCCCAGCCUCUACCUCCCAGUGUGGUGGGAGUGUGGGAAGCACGAUCGGGACCUGCUCAUCGGCACCGCCAAACAUGGGCUGAAUCGCACUGACUAUUACGUCAUGACUGACCCCCAGCUGUCCUUCCUGGACGCCUACAGAAACUACGCCCAGCAUAAAAGACCUGACACCCAGGCUCCAGAGAGUCUCUAUUGCCUUUACCAGACCAACUCCAAACUCUAUGAAUCUCCUACAUACACACAAAUGAGCAGGACUUCAGAGUCCCUUGAAACUGAACCUGAGAAUCUAGGACAAAUAGAAGGUAGGGAUGAUCAUCUUGGCCCACCUGGGGGCAGCUUAUCAGACAUCACGUGUGAGAACUUUAUUUCUAAAGUUCAGGAUGUCAUCUCUAUCACCCAUGAGGAAAGCCUGCUGCCUGAGUCCUUGGAGAGCAUGAUGUAUGGUAAGAAGGGGCUCAGCCGAGAGCCUGGCUCUUUUCAGGAGAGCCCACAUACCAACACAGAAGCCAGAACAGAUGCCCUUGGCAUUUCAGCAAGCAGAGGUGCGAACUGCCGGCCCAAUGGCCACGAGGCAGCAGUAGCUGCAGGCCCCUCUCUUAUGGAUAGUUUGGAAGCAGGAGUAGCUCAAAUGAACAUUAAAAAUGGAGAACACGUGUUGAUGUCUCUUGCAAGAGACAAGGAGCUCUGCUGCAACGAGGCAAAGCAGAGGCCUGAGAGCGUCGGGCAGCUGGAAGCCACGUUCUUGGCUUCCCCUUCCUUGGAUCAAGGAAAUGAAAGUGGGUUUGUUGAUAUGUGUAACCUUAGUGUCUGUGACUCCAAAAGAAACCCGUCAUCAGAGCAGCAAUUAAUUGAUUUACUAGAAAACAAGAGUUUAGAAACUGAUUUGAUACUGAAUCAGAACCACAGUGAUGAGGAGGAGGAAGAGGAGGAAAACGAGGAGGAAAACUUGGACGUAGCAGCAGGCGGGAGGGGUAGGCCAGAGGUUCUGCCUCUGAGCGAGCCCACCGCCAGUACUCCAGGAGAGAAGGGCCGAGGCCUCCAUGCAGAGGAAGCCCAGACAGGCCGCCUGGGGGCCGGGAGCCGGAGUGCCGGGCUGCAGGGGGCUUUUCCUCAAGUGGCCUGUCAGUGCCACUGCAAACACUUGGAGAGGUGGACACGCGGCCUGGAGAGUGAUGAAUUUGAAGUGGAGAAGCCCAAGGGUCAUAGCCCAGACCUGUACAAAAGCAAAACUAAUAACGUCACAAUGGAGGGUGAGCUCACGGCCAUUCCAUUGGAGCCAUUUAAAGUGAAGCAUGAACUUGUAAAAGAACCUUGGAAAGAAAGUGCAGAAGGGAAGAAAGGGUUCCCUACAUAUCCUCCUGAAGGAAGUGAGCUCAAGUCAGAAGACAUGGAUUUCGAGAGUAAAGAUGACUAUGACAGAGAUGGAAACUGCCAUAAUCAAGAUUACCCAGGGAAAUACUCUGAAGAGGAGAGCAAGAGCUCGACGUCAGGCCUCACUGGCGACAUCGGAGACGACCUGCAGGAAGCCCGGGCCCCGACCAUCGCACAGCUGCUGCAGGAGAAAACCCUCUACUCGUUCUCCGAGUGGCCAAAGGAUCGAGUGAUAAUCAACCGCCUAGAUAACAUCUGCCACGUGGUGUUGAACGGGAAGUGGCCCCCCAGCCAGCAGUAUGAGCCCUCGGGCACCCUGCCCGCCCCUGUGUUAGCCAGCACUGUUGGCUCUCGAAGCAGCCUCUCGGAGCCUGAAGUGUCGGAGCACAGCUUCAGCAACGGUGCAGCGCUGGUGGCCCAGAUCCAGAAGGACAGCUUCUUGGCUCCAGUUUUCCCAAAGGAUGAGCAAAAGCACAGACGUCCUUACGAGUUUGAGGUGGAGCGGGAUGCAAAGGCUCGGAACCUGGAACAGUUCUCUGCCACCCAUGGGCACCCCCCCAUCAUCCUCAAUGGCUGGCAUGGGGAGUCAGCAAUAGACCUCUCCUGCACAUCUGAGGGGUCCCCAGGAGCCACCUCCCCUUUCCCAGUGAGUGCCAGCACCCCUAAAAUUGGGGCUAUCAGUUCACUUCAAGGAGCCCUUGGCAUGGACUUGUCUGGGAUUCUACAAGCUGGCCUGAUCCACCCAGUGACCGGGCAGAUUGUCAACGGGAGCCUCAGAAGAGAUGAUGCUGCCGCGAGGAGGCGGAGAGGGAGGCGGAAACAUGCUGAAGGAGGGAUGGACCUCAUCUUUUUGAAGGAGCAGACACUUCAGGCAGGAAUCCUGGAAGUCCAUGAAAACUCAGGGCAGGCCUCCCUGAGCACCUCCCACCCUGAAGGGCCAGUGCCCGCCCCUUCGACCCCAGAACCAGCCCCAGCAGCUGGCAGCCAGGCGGAGAAGACCAUUCCCAGCAAAAGUCUGCUUGACUGGCUGAGGCAGCAGGCUGACUACUCCUUAGACGUCCCUGGCUUUGGAGCAACUUUUUCAGACAAACCAAAGCAGAGGAGGCCACGCUGUAAGGAACCUGGGAAAUUAGAUGUCAACUCUCUGAGUGGGGAAGAGAGGGUUUCUGCUGCCCCCAAGGAGCCAGGACUGAGGGGGUUUCUCCCAGAAAACAAGUUCAAUCACACCCUGACCGAGCCUGUUCUUCGCGAUGCAGGCCCCCGCAGGAGGGGGAGGCGGCCUCGGAGUGAGCUCCUGAAAGCUCCCGCCAUUGCAGCGGACUCACCCUCUGGAAUGGGGCCACUGUUCAUGAAUGGACUGAUUGCUGGGAUGGACCUGGUAGGACUUCAGAACAUGAGAAAUAUGCCGGGCAUCCCCCUCACAGGGCUGGUGGGGUUCCCGGCCGGCUUCGCCACGAUGCCCACUGGUGAAGAGGUCAAGAGCACCCUGAGCAUGCUGCCCAUGAUGCUGCCGGGAAUGGCCACCAUGCCCCAGAUGUUCGGUGUCGGGGGCCUCCUCAAUGCCCCCAUGGCAACUACCUGCACUUCGACUGCUCCAGCGCCUCUGUCAAGCACAACAAAAAGUGGCACGUCAGUGACCGAACAGACUGCAGAAGACAAGCCAAGUAGCCGUGACGGAAAAACAGACAUGUCUGCGGAAGACAAGCCCGGACUCAAGCCCGGUCCUAGUCCGUAUUCCGAUCAGUCCGAACCUGCAAUAACUACAAGUAGUCCUGUGGCUUUUAACCCGUUUCUCAUCCCAGGAGUGUCUCCUGGACUCAUCUACCCACCCAUGUUCCUCUCCCCUGGCAUGGGCAUGGCUCUGCCAGCCAUGCAGCAGGCCAGACACUCUGAGAUAGCAGGGCUGGAGAGCCAGAAGAGGAAGAAGAAGAAAACAAAAGGGGACAACCCGAACCCCAACCCAGAGCCUGCUCCCGGGUCGGAUAGGGAGCCGGGCAAUGACCAGAACUGCCCCGAAUCCAGGGCACCUGUGCCAUCAGAUAGAGAACAUGCGGCACAGGCCGGGGACAGGGGCCUCAAAGACUCCAACAGUGACACCAAUUAGAACUUUUUCAUUUAAGAAAUGAUGUGACUUGUAAGUUUCUUAUCCCAUAAAGGUUUGUUACUUCCCUCCCUUCACCUUCAUAAGAACCUGUGUUUCCAUAAGUAAUAUUUACCUACCUAAUUUCCUGUCUGAGAACUAUGGUAACAGAUGUCAAUAGCUGCAGGGUCUUGCCACUUCAUUAGAUAAGUGUUGUCGACCUAGUCUAGGAGGCACAGAAUUCUCCCUCUGUUAUCCAGUUGUUCAUUCCAGCAAUCGUAGUUAAUACAGUACUUGGUGACACGCCCUACCCCCUUCUCUUCCAAGUUUCCCACGUAUUUGAGGAGGAAAAAUGGCAUAAGAAGGCUGUCUAGGGACUUAACCGUUAAAGGGCCGAAGGACAGGCGGAGCAGCUCUUUUUCCAUGAGCUGUGUUGGAUGGGAAAGAAUGUAAUGGGGAACCAAAAAGCACAGGAAAAGGAAGUGCUGGUGCACAUUUUUUAGUUAAAGUAUUUCCCUAUUUUAUCAUGAUUACUAAAUGAGUAGUAUAGAUAGAAAUAUAUAACUAAUGAUUGAAAAUGCAUAUAUUCAUUUCUUUAUAAAACAAAAUCCUUAUUGGUAGUAAAUUAACUUCCCCCUUUAUGGUUUUUCAGCACCUGCAGCAAGAAGAAGUACUGACUAGGCAUUAUUUUAUAUGUGUAUGCUUUCUCCCAAGGUAAAGGAUGAUUCUCAGUAUGAGGACACUUUACACACCUUGAGUUAUUGCUGGCGACGGGGGUGGGUGAGGGGCUCACCCUCCGUGGAGCUGCACGCUGCUCACAAGCACAUGACUAGCACUCCACUCCCCUCAUUCUCCAGAAUUGCGCUCGCCACCACUGGGCCUGAUGGGUUUUUAUUUUGUGCUUUCGUCCACCAAAAAUCAGGCUCUUUCUGGAGCUUGCAAGAAAACAGUCACUCAACACUUUUACACUUGCCUAGGUCCUUCUGUCAGAGUCAUCUGAGGUUGUCAAAACGUGUGUGCCACCUUUUAUAAAAUGACUGUGAAAAGUUUUAUUCUCCAUUUUUUUCUCUAUUUGGUUUUACAGUUGGACCCAGAUUCCAAAUCAUCAAGUUAGUCAAGACUGUUGCAAAUUAACAUUAUUUUUCCUUCCUCCUGCCCAAGCAGCACUUCAGCCCGUUUCCUUUGGCCUUCCCCCUUGUGUUCCAAACCUUCCAAUGACCUUACCCUUUCCUGACAGUCCACAUUCUGAGACUUGAAAUAAUAGCUCAUGGCUCAGAACUCUGGGGGCACAGGGCGGCGCAGGACCGUUGGAAAUGUCAGAAGUGUUACUAGUACCAGUUUCACUUUUUGUUGUCACAAUUUACUGUAUUUUUUACUUUUUCUGUUACCGUUUUGCUAAUUUAUCAGAAGGUCCAAAAGUUUGACAUAACUAUUUCAGUUUGCAUUAUUUAUUUAUGAUGCUUUUGUCAUUGUCUUUUAUACAUUUGGGAUUAUAAAUUAUGUAAAUGUUAAAAUGAGCAUCUCAAAGAAGUCUGUUAAAUCAUGACCGAAAAGAAUCAAAUGUAUUUUCAAAAAGUGGAGUCCCAGUUUUGUGAAUCAAAGCUAUAAACCAGAAAAUCUAUAACUGAUCGUGUAAGAAGAAAGAACCCAGUAAUUGAACAGAUCCUAUUUAAUUACAUCUUUGUAGCAUAGAUGGUCUGUAAUGCUGACAACAGAUUUCUUAGAAAUGCUGCUCUCUCUAUUUAACUAACAUUUUGUUCAGUUUUGCCUCCAGUGGAAGCAGAAAGGGUUUUUUCAGCUGUUAAAUCCUGAAAAUCAAUAUAAUUUAUUUAUGUAAAAAAAAAUCACUCAAUCAAUAUAUUUUUGAACCUUUUAAGUACUAAUUUUCUUUUUAUCAAGUAGAAAAAAAUGUAUUUGCCCUAAAUCCUUAAAAUACAAAUGCUAUAAAAAUUCAUGUAUCUUGAAAGCCUUACUGCAAAUGAGUAUUAUAGACAUCCAGCAGAGCCUGGGCUCUUCGUCGUCGUCGUCAUCGUCCUUGUUUUGUACGGAAAAGCUGCUUCCCCAGGUUCCACUUAGAACCUCCAGUAGGUCACAGGGUUCAGUAUGGAUUUGCUUUUGAAACCCACCAGCAUGCGAAAACCCCUGUUACCGCUUCCCGAGCCUGUAUGUUAGCUCUCUGGGCGUUUAGGCUGAUUUUGACUGCUAUUGUGUCCCUGUUUGCAAAAUGAAAAUGACACUUUGUGGAUUAUUUUCUCUGUAAGGCAUAAGUGCUUCUUAUUAUUUUGACGUUAUUAAGAGCAAAAGCCAAAUUUAAACUCUCUUCAGCCAACUUGAGCCUUUUCAUCAAAUUCCAUGUCACUCACAGCCAUAAAUUCCCUUGAUCGUUCCUCACCCCAUGUCUUACAUAAUAAAUUGUCUGUGGUCUUGA